AUGGCUGGCGGCGGAAAGCAAAUCAGCGCUUCUCCCGUUUUUCGCGGUCGCGACCUGCUCUCCACCUCUGCUCAACACACAUACUUGUCCAGCUCCCCCUUGGCGGAGCAAUUCCUAGCAGAUGACAUCGCUGCCUGCUCAGACGACGAUGCUGACCACGGCGGCCUGCCCGACGCCCCCGACGCCCUCGUCGAUGGAAACCACCCAGCUCGUGGCCACGGCAUGUAUCGUCGACCCAGCGGUGUUGCUUACGGCGGAACCCGGCCCGUGUUCAAUGCCCAGCGCGUUGAUGAGCCCAUCCUGACGCCAAUGGAGAGGAAACAGUCCCGAGACGCAGAAAGAAGCUUGCUACGAGAUAACCACGUGCUGCCACCCAAGCACCUCCCGGGUCGCGAGGAGGAAAAGCACAACCUUGCGGCUCGGCUCUACAGACGGCUCUACAGACGGCUCUUCAGCACCAAACUUGCUCGGGAGGGUAUUCACGAUGAGCACCACGUGGCUUUCCCCGGCCAUGUUGUUCCCGCCACGGAACGGUCGCCGCUACUGAACGGACAGCCUGAAGGUUCCGACUCCGCCUCCGGGUCCGGGGAUGACUUGGACCAGCAAUGGGAGGAGGCUGUUGCCUCUGGCCGUGUGCACACCACAUGGCAACGCGAGGCCAAGACAGUCGUGGCUUAUUCCUUGCCCCUCAUCACCACCUUCUUCCUGCAGUACUCCAUCAAUGUGGCCAGCAUCUUUGCCGUAGGCAGGAUCGGAAAGAUUGAGCUGGGAGCCGUUUCCUUGGCAAACAUGUCGCAGGCCAUUACUUGUCUUGCUCCGUUUCAAGGACUGGCCACCAGCCUGGACACGCUCUGCGCCCAGGCAUACGGCUCGGGCCACAAGCAACUCGUUGGCUUGCAGUGUCAGCGCAUGGCGUGCUUCCUCAUGUGCCUGUCGCUCCCCGUUGCAGUGCUCUGGUUGUUUGCGGAGAGAAUCCUCGUCUACGUUGUCCCCGAUGCCGAGACUGCCCGACUCGCCGCCCUGUAUCUCAAGGUCAUGAUAUUCAGCAUUCCCGGCGUCGUCUUGUUCGAGGUCGGAAAGCGCUUUACCCAAGCCCAGGGACUGUUCCGAGCAACGACGUAUGUUCUCAUCGUUGCCGCUCCCAUCAACGUCUUGAUAAACUGGCUUCUUGUGUGGAGGAUGGGUUUGGGGUUUGUGGGAGCCCCAAUCGCCGUGGCCAUCACGGAGAGCCUGCUGCCGAUACUGCUCUUCUUGUACAUCGCCUUUGUCGAUGGCAAGCAGUGCUGGGGAGGGUUCAGCAAGAGGGUCUUUGCCAACUGGUGGGUCAUGAUCCGACUUGCUCUGCCCGGCAUGAUCAUGGUGGAAGCCGAAUGGCUCGCGUUCGAGAUCAUGACGCUCCUGGCUGGCCAGUUUGGAACAGAGUAUCUCGCUGCUCAGAGCGUCGUCGUCACGCUGUCAUCCAUAUCGUACCAGAUCCCGUUCCCCAUGUCCAUUGCCGCGUCCACGCGCGUGGCGAACCUCAUGGGAGCGGGCUUGGUUGGCGCUGCCAGAAUAACUGCCAAGGUGGCUUUUGUGGCCGCCUGCGUCAUUGGCACUCUCAACCUGACAAUCUUUUCGACACUGCGCUUCCGUCUGCCCUUGCUCUUCACAGACGAUCCCGGGGUCAUCGAGAUUGUUGCCCGUGUUCUGCCGCUCGUCGCCGUGAUGCAAGUAUUCGACGGGCUGGGUGCUGGUGCGCACGGUCUUUUGCGCGGCAUCGGCAAGCAGUCCAUCGGCGGCCCGGUCAACCUGGUCUCGUACUAUGUGGUUUCGCUGCCCAUUUCGCUGGCUCUAUCUCUCGGCUUAGGCUGGAAACUCGAAGGCCUGUGGGUAGGCAUCACAGUGGGCUUGGUUCUGGUGUCCUCGAUCGAGUACGUGUAUCUCCUCAAGACGGACUGGCACAAGGCAGCUCGCGAAGCUGCAGCCCGCAACGCGGCAGGUUAA